GACAUUUCAUCCUCACAGACCACCAUAGCGGCUGUCAGCAUCGGAGAUUCGCAGACAGUCGGAAACCUGAGGGACGUCCGUACGUCCUUCCAUUUUGCAAAGGCGACUGGCCACUACGGCAAAGUGGAAGUCUUCCAUCGCCUGGCUGGCUGUCGCUUAGACCCGGUCCUCGACCAUGUCCCAGAAGCCAAGGUCUUGCUCCGAGAGGCCAGCAGCUCGCAGGAACCUGCUCGGGAGGGGGACCCAGGCCCAGGGCAACCUGCCGAAGCUUCUGAUUUGGGUGCCAAAUGCUCCGCCUCUGAGUACAUCAGGCGGACGAUUUUCCGAUCAAUGGCUCUGGUUGGCGAGCUUGCGCCAAGGCGCGAGGGCCAAGAGCGCUCGGUGGCCGAGAUGCUCGGGUACUUCAUCGCGUAUUGCGGCGCCUUAAACAUGCAGGGCAAUCCGAUAUGGUGGGCCAUGAACCACACGUGGCACCACAGAUUCUCGGACACUCCCUGGGAUCCGCACACUCCACGGGAGGGGCUCUGGACUGCCCAUGCCGGGUGGUUCUUCGAGAAGGAGCGGGUUCUUGAGAAGAUGCCGAAGGCCAUCGUGGCCUCCCACAACCACGUGGAGCCUGGCGAGGAGGAUGAAGCCUACCUCCCUUGGUUCUACAAGGAGUCCCCCCAGUUCUACGACUGGCUUCGGCAAACCUAUUACAUACACCAAGUCUCUCAGGUGGCGCUGUUGUAUCUGUUGGGUGGGUGGAGCUUCGUUGUCUGGGGCUUUGUGAUCCGACUCCUCAUGGGCAUUCACGGAGUCUCGGCCGUGAACUCCUUUGCGCAUGUUUGGGGUGAGCAGCCCUUCAAUACCGGUGACGACUCCAAAAACAAUGUCUGGGUGGCCAUGGUGUCCUCAGGCGAAGGCUGGCACAACAAUCACCACGCAUUCCCAAGGUCCGCGAGGCAUGGGCUUUUCCCGGGACAGUUCGAUCUGACCUAUAAUUUGAUCCUCCUGCUGGAGAAGCUCGGAGUGGUUUGGGAUGUGCAGCUUCCCAGCGAUGCGCAAAUCGCCGCAAAGCUGCGCUCUGCGAGUGAAGCGAAGGAAGCGAAGGAUGCAAAGGGAUCCUCGCCAGACAUGUCAAAUGCCAUCGAAAAACUAUGGCCAUUGCACGAGCAUGACUUAGAAGCGCGGCUUGCUUGCGCUGUGGAGGAGCUUCUCAAGAAGCGGCCUCCACCAGAGGCUGCUUGUGAGUUCUUGGCCGCGGCGCUGUCCCAGUCUUACUUAACAACGGGUUCGCAUUGCUUCACUUUAUCGUGUCGACCAGCCAAACUAGCGAUCGCAGAGCAGAUCCAGACAGCGCGCUACCUCCGGCCAAGAAGCCAGAACAGGGUCGCCAUAGUUGUUCUACUGAGGUGCGCAGGCUAG